AUGCCUUCGUGGCAGAAGUAUUUCGAAAGCCCUACGGGUGCUUUAUUGGGCAUCUAUGCCGCCUCCUUCUUUCUACCAUCGAUAUUUACAGCUUUCAUUGGAGAUUAUAUCUCCACCAGGCUAGGUCGCCGAUGGUGCAUCAUCAUAGCAAACAUUAUUAUCUUAAUCGGUUCAUUGGUCAAUACUUUCGCCAACUCUGUGGGUAUGUGGUGCGGUGGCCGUGUCAUCAUGGGAGCUGGAGUUGGGAUGGUCAAGGUAGCGGCCCCGGUGUUAAUUCAGGAAAUGGCCCAUCCCCGACUUCGACCUAUCCUUGGCUCCUGUUACCAAACCUUUGCCUAUAUCGGCACAUUCUUUGCUGCUCUGAUGACAUUUGUUGGUCUGUACGUGCCUGGCGACUGGGGAUGGCGAUUUCCUUCGCUGCUUCAGAUUAUCGGGCCUGCUAUCGUUAUCAUAGUUGCAGUGAUUUGCCCAGAGUCCCCUCGCUGGCUCAUCAAGAAUGGCCAAAAGGAGCAGGCUCACAAUAUCCUUGCCAAAUUCCAUGCCAACGGUGAUAAGGAUGAUGCCCUUGUUCAACUAGAGAUGGGCGAGAUAAGUGAUGCAAUUGAGCGUGAGACCAUCCAGAGUAAAGCAAGCUUCCUCGAUUUUGUACGGACACCAGGAAACAGGAGACGUCUGGUGGCACUUGUGGCCCUGGCUUGCUCCUUAAAUUGGAUGGGGAAUGGAAUCAUUUCCUAUUUCCUUUCACCUAUCCUCAGGUCUGUUGGUGUCACUGCGCCUGUCCAGAUCACACUCAUCAACGCAGGACUGGCACUUUGGAACUUGAUCCUUGCAAGUAUUGCCGCUGUGUAUUGCGACAAAGCUGGUCGACGACCUUUGUUCCUCGGAUCUGUCGCAGGAAUGUUCUGCUCUUAUAUCGUCGUCAUGGGCUUAUCUGCCGGCUUUGCACAUACCAAUCAAAGUUCAAUGGGUAUCGCCGUUAUACCCUUUUUGUUCAUUUAUUUUGGAUUCUAUGAUAUGGCGUUCACUCCACUUCCAAUUGCGUACACUGUCGAGAUCUUACCUUUCAGCAUUCGAUCCAAGGGAAUGGCGCUAUUCACGAGUACUGCCACAUUAGGAAACGCAUUCAACCAAUUUGUCAAUCCGAUCGCACUCAAUGCAAUCGCAUGGCGCUACUACGCGGUAUACAUUGGAAUUUUGGCAUUUUACUUCUGCCUUAUUUUCUUCCUAUUUCCCGAAACGAAGAGGCUGUCUGCCGAGGACGCCUCAAGGGUGUUCGAUUACGAUAGGAAAGGGUUGAAGCUUGGAAAAUCCGAUGAUGAUGGUGAACAAAGAGAUACGAAUUCCGAUACCUUAGAAGGAACAGACUUCGUCGAAAAUAACCACAAGGAAUAA